GUAGAUCUUUUGAUUUGACAUUUGAUUGAUUGAUGAUAAACAUGACUAAAAUUCUUCAAAGUAAAUUAUAAAAUAUAGAAAAUAAUUACUAAAUAAACAUGGACUUAUCUAAAGUACCUAAUGAUAGAAAAUUAUAUUUAUGUAGAACCUAUUUUAGAAUUGGAUUUUUCCUCCUACCUUUCGUUUGGUUAGUCAACGCAGUUUGGUUUUUCAAUGAUGCGUUCAGGAAACCAGAAUUUGAUGAACAAAAGUCAAUGAAAAAAUAUGUCGUGUGUUCUGCAAUUGGUACCUCCAUUUGGUUUGUAGCCUUACUCUCAUGGGUCAUAACUUUCCAGCUCAAUAGGUCUAAUUGGGGUGAAUUUGCAGAUUAUAUAUCAUUUAUAAUACCGUUUGGAACACCAUAAAGGAAUCAUUAGGUUUAAUUUCUAAUUUAUUUUUAUAUAACUUAAAUUAUUUUUAUUCUUUAUUGUGAGUUAAAAAAAAAACAGCAGGAUCUUUAUUUUAUAGAACGAUUAUAAAUAACUACACCUUUUUGAAAAAAUCUGAAAAUGUUAUUACACGAUUCAUUGGUUUUUAAUAAGAAUAGAAAAUGUUUUAAAAAUAUGUUUACUAAUUUUAAGAUAUUCCCAACGAUUUUAAUAUUAUUAAUACUCGCAUUUUUUUCUGGUUUAAAAUUAUGUUUAUUUAAUUUUUUUUAUACAAUUUAUUAAAAAUAUACUCUAAUAUAUACAAAUGUUUUUUGUGGUAUUUACUUUCAUGACCAGGCGAAAGAGCCACAGGACUGCUUAAAAAUUAGAAUUAAGGAAUGGUAAAACAAAUAAAUGACAGUAGGUUAUCAUCAUUCUUUCUAAGAACUGUUAAGUUUGUUGUCAAUAUCAGACAAGAACACAAUAUAAAAAUAUUUAUUUUGAAUACAUUCCAAAUACUUUUUUACAAUUUUCAAAUAGGUUUUUAUCUUUUUAUUAUUAAUUUUAUGAUAUAAUAAACAUAUAGAAUGUGGUAACAAAAUUUCAGUCAGUUUUAUAUAUUUAGCUUUUUACAGUUUUAAAAAUAUAAAAAAACUACUGAUAAUUAACAUAAUAGAAAAGGUGAUACAUUUUUUAAAUGUUAUUUACUCACUGCAUCUAUUGUAAAAAUUACAAUAAUAUUGUGAAAAUUGAAAGGAUUGCACAGCAAUUGUUAGGGUCCGAUUAAAAUUAGAAAAACACAGCUACAUCAUUUGGCAAAGUAAUUAAUUGGUUAUCGCCGCCUACUGGGGGUUUAGUGGAGUGAUAAUAUUAUAGGAAAUAUUAUUUUAUUACAACUUACUUAUUUUUUAUUUACUGAUAGUUAUUGAUAAUAUGUAUUCAAAAUUCGAAAUAAUAGUUAUGACGUAGCGGUGUUCUUCUAAUUGUAAUCGGACCCUACUAACAAUAUAAAUAGACAAUAUACAUAAAGUACAAAACUAUGAAAUAUAAUUAUUCCUGAUUUGAUGAAAGUUAUAAAAAUUUGAAUAUUCAAACUACUCACUUUUGGGUAGCUUUAAUCAGUAUCAAACAUUCAAAAUAAUUAUACAAUGUAUUAAAAAGUAUCUAGGAAACGGUUUUUGCACCAGGGUUUUAUGAUUUUAAAAUAAAAAUUCGUUUAAGCAAUUUUUAUAAUAAUAUAAAUAAUUUUAUUUCACUUUUUGUUUCCUAACUUUAAAAAAAUGCCCGUUUUGUAAAUUUUAUAAGACAGUAAGGCAUCAUUAAAUAAAAGUAAUUUAACUAUUCUAUACUUUGACUUAUUUCUCUUAACAAAAAAAUAUACUUACAACAUAAAGAAAAGGUCUUUAAUUGACAUUGGGAGCAUUCAAGUAUUAUGUAAGCAAACUUUCAAUGAUUUUAGGCCGUAAGAAUUUUUUCAAAAUUAAAGUUUAAAAAACCAAAUUAUUUUUAAGAUUAUAGAAUUAAUAUUUCAUUAGCCUCGUGUUCUAUAUAGGUUAUGAAGUACUAGUAGUCUAAUACUCAUGCACGCCUACAGACAGACCGUGUUACUAUUUCCCAGCGCCACUUUAGGAACAGCACUGAUAAUUAGAACCCAACAGUGAAUGGUUGGAGUGGGGAAUCAAUCCUACCUCCUACCUAUCCAUCAGAAUUUUUCUUAACUAUAUAAAUUAAAUAAAUAGUCCAAAAAUCCAAGUUUUUACAUAAUUACAAGUCAGGCUUAAACUCGUUUAUUUGUAAUUUAACCUAAAACUUGAAACUUCUGUCCCCUAAGCCUGCUUACAUAAUACUUGAACGACCCCAUUAUCAAGAAAUAAAAUUGCGCCGAUAAGGUAGUUUUUUACCCUCAAGACAUCGGAAUGGAUAAAUAAUUUAAAAUAAAUAUAAAUUUGUUUACUAGUUUAAACUUAACUAAGAAAUGCUUGUUUUUUAAAAAAGUUAGACCUUCGACAAAUAACAGGUUUUAAAAUUGUUCAUAACAAAACGCAAAUAAAAUGAGAAAAUAUUUAAAUAGUUUGGAAAGGUUUUGUAAACAAAUAAAGGCAAAAAAUACAAUCUUUUACAUUUUGAUUAUGGAAAUUUAGGAAAAUGCAUUAUACAAUAUUGAACUCUAAAAAUGAUGUGCUAAAAUAAAUAUAUAUAAUAAUUUCAAGUUCCAUAUUUCUCUAUUUAUUAAUAAAUAUUGACAAGAAUAAUUGGCAGCACUCUUAACAAAACAAUUACAAAUAAAUACUGAAAUUGAUCAAAAUAAUUUCCUAAUUAUCACUUUAAAAUUGGAUAUUUGCUUUCCCAAGAGUUAAAUUUUAUAUAAGGAUUUUCUUUAACGCCAGUUAGUAGCGAUAAGUAUCACAAAGAAAAAUAAUUUUAAUAUUUCUAUUCUAUACGUAUUCCUGCUCUUCUCGCAUUUCUAUAUUUAAGGAAUUCUUGUUUCACUAAUCUCAAUAGAAGGAACAAUGCCAAAAUAUCAGAAAUCAUUAACAUGACAAAUACUUUCUGCCAACCGUAGUUAGUGACAAAACCUGCCAUCAAGGGACCCACUGCAGCA